CUCUGACAAGGCCGAAUUCAGUCAACAUCCAUUCAUAAAGGGCUCCCUGCAACGGGGCGAACGUAGUGAAAAAGAGCUCUCGCAAGUAUCAUUCGUCGCUCGCGCGAGCGAGUCCGUGAAGCGACUCGCCCAGGAAAGCCCUUCCAGUUCGCUCAGCGAAAGUGAAAGUGGGCUGAGAAAAGCAAAAGUGACUUCCGACGGACACCCCCGUGAGUCGCGCAGCGCGCUGCUGAUGCGAGUUGUGGAGCAGGAAGCGCAGGUCGCCGCACGCAGCUGAGCCGCCCGUCGCGGAGAGGAGAAGGUAAAGGAAGGAGAAGGAGGAGGGGGUAGCGAGCUCAGCCAAAGCGAGCCCAGCGCUUCAGUCUCCACCACUCCACCACUGUGGUAUAUGUCCGGCUCCGUGGGCUUCAUGCUUCCCCCAGUGGUCAGCGCGUCCCGCCAGUGUGAGUAAAAGCCCAGAUCAUCUCAUCAUCAUCAUCAUGGAAUCCGGAAUCAUGGCAACGAAAGAAGACUUGUACACCAAAGUGACCCCGAGGAGGUACCGCUCGGGGACUGUCAAACACGGGUCCAGUCUGGACGUGCUGCUCUCCAUGGGCUUCCCCAAAAACAGGGCGUUGAAGGCCCUGGUGUCCACGGGAGGAAGGAAUGUGCAGGCAGCCUGUGAUUGGCUGUUCUCUCAUGUAGAUGACCCCUUCCUGGACGAGCCCUUGCCCCGGGAGUUCGUGCUGUACCUGCGGCCCAGCGGGCCCCUCCUGCACCAGCUCUCCCAUUUCUGGCAGCAGUCGCGGCUCGCCUGUGGCAAGAACAAGGCACACAACAUCUUCCCCCAUAUCACGCUCUGCCAGUUCUUCAUGUGCGAGGAUGGGAAAGUGGAAGCCUUGUGCGAAGCCCUGCAGGCCACGGUGAACCGGUGGCGGGGCCGUUUCCCCAGUCCGCUGCGCCUGGAGCUGUACACCUCUUCCAACUUCAUCGGCCUCUUUGUGGAGGAGCAAGUGGCUGAGGUGCUCAAGGUCUUUGCUGCCGACUUUGCGUCUGAAGCUGCAGCCAAAGCAGAUGUCCAUGUGGAGCCUCAUAAGAAGCAGCUGCACGUGACCUUGGCCUAUCACUUUCAGGCCAAUCAUUUGCCCACCUUGGAAAAACUCGCAAAGGGCAUUGACGUCUCGCUGGGCUGCGACUGGCUGUCGGUGCUGUAUUCCCGGGACAUCCGAUUCGCCAAUCAUGAGACGCUGCGGGUGAUGUACCCCUACACGCCACAGAAUGAGGAUGAGCUGGAGCUGGCCCCUGGUGACUUUGUCUUCAUGUCGCCUAUGGAGCAGAACAACACCAGCGAGGGCUGGGUCUAUGGCACCUCCCACAGCACUGGUCUGUCUGGCCUUCUGCCUGAGAACUACAUCAGCCGGGCUGACGAGUGUGACACCUGGGUGUUGCAUGGGUCCUACUCUUUCCAUGGCCCUACUUCCCCCUCAGCUGCAGGGGGUGCUGUGGGUGGGAUCUGUGAUGGCCAGCUAGAUGGCCGGCUGCUUGACGAGUCGAGCCCUGGAGACCCAUCCCCUCUCAGUGUCAUCUGUCACCCCGUACAGGGGCAGCGAGUCAACAGCCAGUCUCUGCUUCCCAAGAGGACCCUCUUUGUCUGUCGACAUGGCGAACGAAUGGAUGUUGUUUUUGGAAAGCACUGGUUGUCCCAAUGCUUUGAUGCCAAAGGUCGGUAUGUUCGGACGAACCUUAACAUGCCGCCUAGCCUGCCCCAGCGGAGCGGGGGAUACAGAGACUAUGACAAGGACAGCCCCAUCACUGUAUUUGGCUCCACACAGGCCCGGCUUGUGGGGGAAGCCCUUUUGGAAAGCAACACAAUGAUAGAUUUUGUAUACUCCUCACCAUCCCUGCGCUGUGUCCAGACAGCCCACAACAUUCUCCGAGGGCUCCAGCAGGAUGGGAAGAUGAAAAUCCGGGUGGAACCUGGGCUUUUUGAAUGGACCAAGUGGGUGUCGGGCACUUCGCUGCCUGCUUGGCUUUCCUCAGCUGACCUGGCAGCAGCAAAUCUGAGUGUUGACACAACGUACAGACCUCAUAUCCCCCUCAACAAACUGGCUGUGUCAGAGUCCUACGAUACCUACAUCAGUCGAAGCUUCCAGGUGACCAGGGAAAUUCUUGCAGACUGCAAAGGGAACAAUGUGCUGAUAGUGGCCCAUGCCUCCUCCCUGGAGGCCUGCACCCGCCAGAUGCAAGGCCUCAACCCACAGAACUCCAAGGACUUUGUACAGGUGGUCCGGAAGAUCCCCUACCUUGGCUUCUGUGCUUGUGAGGAGCAGGGAGAGACUGGUGUAUGGCAGCUGGUGGAUCCACCCAUCCUGCCACUGACACAUGGGCCAAACCAUAGCUUCAACUGGAGGGAGACCUUGCUGCAGGACUGAGUCUGUGUGUGCUCCUGGAACACCAGAAAGCUCAUCUCUCCAAAUACCUGGCUGGGAACCCUAUCUAGCUACCACCCUCAAUCCCCAACCCCAGUCCGAUCCGUCUGCGUUGGUUGCAUGUACAUUACUGUCAAGUUGGACCCAAAAAUACUCUGAGCCAGCCUGCUGCCAGUUUGGCAGCUUCAUUCCAAUAUAACAUAUUUAUGGCAUCAUCGUAUAUGCUUGUAUGCUAACCUAGAUGUGUGUAAAUGACAGUGAGACGAGCAGACACAGCUGCUGGUCAGGUCAGAGCGCACAGCUGUGGCUCAGGGAGCAAUGUACAGCUGCAGGUCAGAGGGCAUCUGCAUGCAGCUGGAGGUUAGACCAGCUGUGAGUUUGUUACUGCUAAUAGACUAUGUACCUGGGUACACUGAGCAGCAAAGCCUGCGGGGAUGGCCACAUGAUGAUGGGAUCAUUCUGCUUGUGGGAAAUUAGGAAUGGCACUCUGGGCUGUGCAAGUCCUCACCAGAGCAGUGACUAAGUGGCUGUUGUUGGUUUAUGUGACCCCAGUCACCCAUCAAGAGGGACUUGUGGCACAAAGAGUCUGGCCACUCUUUGCUUUUCCUGCUAUGCAGCUGACAUCCACAUCCAGCUGGCUGCCUUCCAGCGGUCUCCAUGUAGCUUAGUCGUUGCCCUAAGAAACAUCUGCCCACCUGUAGUAACAAACUCUAGUGAGAAGCACAUGGAUUUUAUUCUUGACAAUCACGCAAAGAAGAGUUAGCGACGGUGUUCGGAUGGGCCAUUGCACACCACCAGCUCAGAUUUGGAAAGAUUUAUUCUUAAGAGUUACAUAUGCUUUUUGCCUGGUAAAGGCAUCGUACCCAAAGUGACCUGAAUUGCUUCUGCUUUUACACUCUUAUACAGCUGGAUGCUUAAUGAACAAGCUAAUAGUCUUGCUUAAGGAUACAAACAGCAGUUUUUUCUGAUGUAGUUUGAACCUGUAAUGGUCAUGUCCAAUGUCCGGCUCAUUAUGGUAUCCCUGGCCAGCUGAUGGUCUGUGGGUUGCUACGUGCCCUCGGAGACAUACAGCAGUAACUUUUUGCUUCCGAAGCACUUGAACAACACAGUGUAUGAUGUACAGAGGCAGAGCUAUGCUUCCCCAUCCUACUGUUCAGAUGGGUAAAAUGGAUUCCUUAAAGUAGAGGUAAGCCAGGGAAAUUGUAACUCGUCCCCCGUCUCUAUGCGUGUGUUGUAAAAGGCUAAACCAGGGGUUUGUGUUUUACAGUACUUGAGGUAAUUUUCAUUAAAGUCCCUGAAAUAUGGGUUGCAAGGGAAACUGCACUGUGUGAUAUUGGCUGAAAAAAUAUUGGGUGUUGCAAGGUGAGUUAUGGACAAAUUUAAAAAAAAAAAAAAAAA